AUGUCUUGCUCGUCUGAAGAUGAAACUGACAUAAGUGAGUCGGAGUUGGACGAAUAUGUUGGCCGGUGCUAUAAACAGCUGAAGGAUGGCAGUCAGAAAAUGAAGGUGUCGGAUGAUUUGUACAGGUGCCCGUACUGCCCUGGAAAGAAGAAGCUGGUGUAUCCAUUCAAGGACCUUCUUCAGCACGCCUCAGAUGUUAGCAAGGGGUCACAGAACAGGGAUAUCAAGCACAAGGGGAAGCAUUUGGGCCUCGUCAAGUACAUCAAAAACGAUCUUGGCCAGGAAGAGUUGGCCACAAAAUUGUGUGAAUUGAGUUUUGAUGUCCCCCUGGGAAAUGGUGCUAUAAAUGACUCGUUUGUGUGGCCUUGGAUGGGAAUCCUAGCGAAUGUUGAUGGUGAGAGUAGCUCUAGACUGAAGAAUGAUCUGGCCAAGAGAGGGUUUGACCCAGUUAGAGUUCGUCCUCUGUCUGGUAGUGGAUAUGCAGUGGUGGAAUUUAAGAGAGACUGGUCUGGAUUUUACAGGGCAGUCAUGUUUGAGAAGGAACUCGAGGUUGAUAAUCAUGGGAAGAAGGAUUAUUUUGCUGCCGUUGGUUCAGGAAAGGGGUUGUAUGGUUGGGUUGCUCGAGCUGAUGACUACACUUGCCAAGAUACUUUAGGUGAGCAUCUUCAGAAGACUGGGGACUUGAAGACUCUUGGUGAUUUGGAAGCUGAGGAGAAGAGGAAAGCUGCUCUGCUAAUUUCUCACCUCACUGACACCAUUCAAGAAUUGAGGGACCGGGUUGAUAAACUCGAGAGCAACCACCGUGAGCCACUGGCUGUUUAUGUGGGAAGUCAGAAGGACGAGGCACUCUGA